CGUUGCGUUAACCAUAAUCAACGGCACUUUCCUACGGCAAGCAUUAUAUUUGGAGGAAACGACAUCAUGGCUAUGAUACCCACCACCUACAACGAAAAGGAUAAUGUCUGGAGCGGAGCCAAGCGCAACUCCAUGUACAACUAUGACACCUCCGUGGGCAAAAUCAUUUUCAACAACAUGAAAAACUGGCCCAAGAACGUGUGUCAGAUAUGUGAUGUUGAUGGAGUAACCGUGACCUUCGAGCAGGGUCUCACCUGGGCCAUUCGGAUAGCCCAGUACCUCAAGAAAAGAGGUCUAAACCACAAGGAUGUGAUUGGCAUUGCAGCCAAAAACUCAACUUAUGUGAUGCCCUUGGGAGUGGCAUGUCUUAUGAAUGGUACCCCAUUCCAUUCGGUUAAUCCUGUGCUAGAUGAUGCUACGUUAACCCAUGUGUUCUCGAUCACUAAGCCAACACUCAUAUUCUGUGAUGGUCACGAGUACGAUAAGGUUCACAAGGCUACAGUGGGAUGGCAUCCGGAAAUCCUAACCCUCACGGAACAUGUUGAAGGAGUCCAGGGCAUUGAGACCCUAUUGGAUCCUACCACAACUGAAAGGAUGUACCAACCGGAAGCCUUGAAGGAAGGUGGGGAUCAAACCGUUGCCAUCCUGUGCUCCUCUGGAACUACUGGUCUGCCCAAGGCUGUCUGUAUUUCCAACAGCAUCCUGAUACAGGACAGCAUGUUGAUAACCAGUCAGUCGGUUAUCUAUGUAGGAAGCUGUUUGGACUGGAUCACGGGUCUGUGGGCCUUUGUCUUUAGCACCGUGUUCGGUUGCACUCGCAUUAUCAGCAACAAAGCCUUUACUCCCGAGUACUUUGUGGGUUUGGUGAAGAAGUAUAAGAUCAACUAUGCAGUUCUACCACCUCGCCAUCUAUCCGCCCUGAUCACUUGUCCGGAUGCCAAGCCGGAAGCUCUGGCUCCUAUUACUCAUCUUAACUACGGCGGAGGCUCGAUUUCGUUGGCCACCCUGCAGCGAUCCCAGGAACUCUGCAAAACAGCCAUGUUCAACUCGGGAUACGGAAUGACAGAGGUGGGCGCCAUUACGAUCAAUAUUGGAAUCAGCAACGUUUCCUCGGCUGGCCGACCCAUACCGGGAAUAAAGAUUCGGAUCGUGGACGAGGACGGCAAGAAUCUGGGCUACAACGAGGUGGGAGAAAUCUAUGUGCACACGGGUCAGGCCUGGAACGGGUACUACGGAAACCCCGUUGAGACUCGACGCAUGCAGGACUUUGAGGGAUGGUUCCACACCGGCGAUCUGGGCUACUUCGAUGAGCAGAACUUCCUGUACAUAGUGGAUCGCAAGAAGGAGAUCCUUAAGUACCAGGGUCUCCACUACUGGCCCACCGAGAUCGAGGGCGUUAUCUCGGAGCUGUCGCAGGUGCAGGAUGUGUGCGUGGUGGGGAUCUACGAUGAGCGUGAGGGCGAUGCGGCGGGGGCACUGGUGGUCAAGACCAAGGGAGCCAACAUUUCCGGCAAGGAGAUCGUGGACCACGUGGCCAAGCGACUGCCUGCCACGCAGAAACAACUGAGAGCCGGCGUCCAGUUCACCGACAAACUGCCCUCCAAUGUCAAUGGCAAGACAAUGCGAAAGACGGCACGCGACGUGUUCGUCGCCCAGAAAGGAGCGGGAAAGUGAGAUCUGAACGAUCCACAAGAUCGAGUAUAGUUUUAAUCGCAAGUGCCAGGGGAUACUUGAAACGCUUCAAAAGUACUGCUCGAGUGCCCUGGUUGAGGAGGGCCCUCGAGAACGUGUUGACCUUUGGAGCCCAAUAAAUUGUAUUGUACCUAGAAACCUUUUAAUCCCUUUUAAAUUUCUGUCUGAUUAAUAUUAGGAACGUAAAACUUUCAAAAAGUUUUGGACUUUGGUUUGUUAAAUAUGAGUAUACAUAAGUCAUCAUUCUAGUCUUGAAAAUCUGAAAAUGUUUAAAAUAUUUCACUUUUUCAAAGUUUGCCGACUUGUAGCUCACAAUAUACUCAUGAUACCCCGGAGCAUUUAGUCGCCAUAAUUGAAGGGUGAUAUUAUAGUUGUAAACUAAAACAUUUAUCACCUAAAUUGGAAAAGCGCAACUCAAGAUAUAAUUAGAAACUCAAAGAUACCACAAAAAUGUUCUUAAAAAAAUAUUUUAAAAAAACGUAUCCAUUUAACAUUUUGUAAUCUUCUUUUUUGUGGUAAAGGGGUUUAAUCUACCAGAAACUACCAUCAUCCUUCUUGAGCAUUUUCAAAAUAUUGUUUUGUAAGCUAGUGUUAUUGAUGGUAAUCGCUAACAUGUAACUAAUUUGGACUGUGGUGUGAUGAUUCUGAUAAAAAGUAUAUUCACGAGACUUAAUUUUGUUUGCAAAAAUAAAAGCAAUAUAAAAAA